AAUAUAUAGGACCAUGUGUAGAUAGUCCAGGAGUUCUGUUGGAUAGACAGUCAAUUGGCAGCAACCCUCUCACUCUCUUUUUUCUCUCUCCCUGUACCUUCUCUCUCUCAAGAGAACGAGCUGGGAUAUAAAGCUCUCACUGGAAAGUUUCUCUCUGUUUUUUUAGUGGUUCUGAGCACCUGCCUGUGUCAAAAUGAGUGACACUCUGCUGGAUGAUGGGUCCUUCAUGUUCACUUCGGAGUCUGUUGGAGAGGGACAUCCAGACAAGAUCUGUGAUCAGAUCAGUGAUGCUGUCCUGGAUGCUCACCUGAAGCAGGACCCAAAUGCCAAGGUCGCCUGUGAGACGGUUUGUAAGACUGGCAUGGUGCUGCUGUGUGGAGAGAUCACGUCCCGGGCCAAUGUAGACUACCAGAAGGUUGUCAGAGACACCAUACAACACAUCGGUUACGACAACUCAGACAAAGGUUUUGACUAUAAGACGUGUAAUGUGUUGGUGGCUCUGGAGCAGCAGAGUCCAGACAUCGCUCAGGGUGUCCACAUCGACAGGAAAGAGGAAGACAUGGGAGCUGGAGACCAGGGUCUGAUGUUUGGCUACGCUACUGACGAGACAGAGGAGUGCAUGCCUCUCACCAUCGUCCUGGCUCACAAACUCAAUUCCAAGAUGGCCGAACUCAGACGCAACGGAACCAUCCCCUGGCUCCGCCCUGACUCUAAAACACAAGUGACAGUACACUAUGAGCAGGAGCACGGGGCAGUGAUCCCUAUAAGGGUCCACACCGUGGUCAUCUCUGUUCAACACGAUGACUUCAUAGGCCUGGAGGAACAGAAGGAGGUGCUCAAGGAGAAGGUGAUCAAGGUAGUGGUUCCGGCUAAGUACCUGGAUGAUAAGACCAUCUACCAUCUUCAGCCCAGUGGACGCUUCGUCAUCGGAGGACCCCAGGGUGAUGCUGGAGUGACAGGUAGGAAGAUCAUCGUUGAUACGUACGGAGGCUGGGGGGCCCACGGUGGGGGAGCUUUCUCUGGUAAAGACUUCUCCAAGGUGGAUCGCUCGGCUGCCUAUGCUGCCCGCUGGGUGGCCAAGUCCCUGGUCAAGGCCAAACUGUGCAGGAGGGUGCUGGUUCAGGUAUCCUACGCUAUCGGAGUGGCUCACCCUCUGUCCAUCUCCGUGUUCACCUACGGCUCGUCACAAAAGUCUGAGAGAGAGCUGCUGCAGAUCGUAAACAAGAACUUUGACCUACGACCUGGUGUCAUUGUCCGGGAACUGAACCUGAAGAGGCCAAUCUACCAGAAGACAGCGUGCUACGGCCACUUUGGCCGGAGUGAGUUUACCUGGGAAGUCCCCAAGGAGCUCAACUACUAAACAUCUCCCCCUGGUGGUCAAGUAUAUAACAAACUCUUAAACACCCCCGUGGCCAAAUAUAUAACAAGCUCUUAAACAACAUAUAACGAUCCCUCCCAGAGAUAGAAAACAGGCCCCCUCUACAGGCUACAACCACAAAUGGUUCUGCUUUUUCAUUGGCUAGUGUUGAGGUUAAGGUUUAGGAUUAGGGUGAAGGGAUAUGUUUUUGGUUAGUGCUAAACAAUCAUUUAUGUGAUUGUAGCCCAUAGAGGGGUUUGUUUGUUAAUGCUUCUUAUCUUGAAUAAGAGGGAUGCAAUUUAUAGAGGGGAAUCUCUAUUCUCCCUCCCUCCCUCCCUCCCUCCCUCUCUCUCUCCUCCAUCUCUUUGUCUAUCACAUCAAACAUUUCAGUCAAGAGAGAGGAUGAACUCACUGUGAUUUUAAUCAGACAAUCCACACAUUUUCAUUCAGAUAAAAGGUGUCCUUUGUAUAGUGUCUCACUUGUGCCUUAGUAUCAAAACAAUGACAUGUUAGAAGUAUUUAUUCACACUCACUCUGGACAAAUAGUGAUUCCAUUGUCACUUCUGCUAUUAAACAAAGAAACAAAGAAACAAAUACAAUUAAUAAAUAAAGUUAAAUAUUGAAUAUAUAUAUAUAUAUAUAUAUAUAUAUAUAAAGCAGAGCAUUUAGCCUCAAAACUGUGAAUUAGUGAUGUGUGGUUGGAAUCAUAACCAGCAGUCGGGUUUAGGGGCAUGAAAUACACUAUUGUGUGGAUGAAGGGCGGGCAGGUUGAAUAAAGAGAAAACAGUGCAUUCAAAUUCAUAAAUGUAGAAUUCUUGUGCAAUUCAUACCUAUGGGCUAUUUUUAUCUGGCGUUAGUGCGUAGCCUGAGCACCUAACUGUAGCGUGCCCAAUACAUGCAAAUUCUCAACGUCUUUUGGGAAUUUGGACAGAAAAAGUUUGUCCCAUCCACUGAGGCAAAAAAAGGACAAUGUCGGAGUUUAAUUCAAUAAGAGAAAAACUGAGAAAUGGAGUGUUGAAAAUAAAUAGAAGGUAAGGCCAGGGAAAGAUUUGGUAACGUGGUAACAGUGCCAGCUAUGUUAUGUGUGAUGAUUGUGAGACGCUACACAAAUUCGAUAGUCACAAGACUCGGACUUCAAAAUGCACGUCAAGGGAACUGUUCGGUUCAGAUGGGUUAAAUGGAAAAGUGACCAUACUGUAGGUCUACAACCCUUCACUUAACCUGAUAUAAUAUUAACUCCUGCAAAAUUAAGCAUUUAUUGCAGAAACAUUAUACACCAAAUGGACAUUUUGACUCGUAACAGGAGUGGGGAAAUAUUAUGAGUUAGACAGAGUGAGCGGUUAGGGACCGUCUGUAAAGGUGGAGGUGCUAUCUUUAUCAGCCCCAUAAAAGCUGAUCGUAUUUCAACCACAUAAAGCAUGCAUCCAAGCCAAACUGAAAUCUUAUCAAAAACAUGUUGGGUCAUUUUAACAGCUGUUAAUUUCCUGAAAACCAAUCAAACGGAAUCCCUCUUUUUUUGGUAUUGCACCGGCCCCUAAACGUAUUGUCUGCAUGAGAGAAGCAGAGAUGAAAGAGAAAACAAAUUUUACUAAUGUCAACUGGAUUAAAGCAUUUAUUCUAUUGAUUUAUGCACAGCAUGAGGGUGUUAAAUUAACACACACCUUAUUUGCAAUAUUCACAGAAUGCCUUGCCGUUCGAGUGAAUUGUAGAGUUACCACCCAUGACUAUUUGUUAGUGGCAGAGACAUGGUUGUUGCAUUCAUCCAUUAUUCAUGCUUUCCUGUGACUUUCACCAAGUGUGAUUCUAAGCAAAUAUGUUAUUAUUGUUUCACACAAUACAACACAUAUUUCAUAAGGCCUGCAACUCACAUCACUCUAUAUUGCUAAAUGAUGUGUAAUUCCGAUUGGAUUCCAGCCAGAUUGGGAAUAUCCAACAUUUGGAAUUUGUAUUCAACCGCAACCUGCAUUUAUAAUGACAGCCGGUUUCGGAAGACUAAAAUAUCAGACUACCUAAAGCAUUUCACAAACCUGUUGUUUUCGGCGCAUGUGAUAAAAACAAUUUGAUUUGAUCUAAACUGAAAUACCAUUACAGUAAAAAGUGCAGGAAGUCCAAGUAACAGAUUGGAUUAGUUUCGGAAAAUGUAUGUUAUUUAUGAGUAGCAUAAGAUUAAUUAAUCAAUCAUUAAUUAAUAUUACAUGCAAAAACAUACUGAAAAAUGUUGACAGCAAUGGGAGUUUUAUUCAUAACAUUGCGAAUUUAGCUAGCUAACAUAAAUUUUUAGAAAACAAGUUAUAUUAACUGGCUAGCUAGCAACGUUUGGUGGUCAAAUUAGACUGAGAGCUAGCUAACCAGCUGAGCUAGCAAACAAUGUAACAAGUAUAAUUUCGGAUUUAAAAAAUACUCCAUCAAUUUCAGGAAUCAUUUCAGGAAUCACAGUAGCAAAUACACCUAGUGCACUAUUCAAUGAAUUAGCCAUUUAAACGUGACUUUUUUGAAGGAAACUCUGUUUGUGCCGUAGCCCUCACUGGCUUUCAUGUGAUUUGGGGUGCGUUUGUAAAUUCAAUCAGGAUUGCCAGAGUGCGCUCAGGUAGUUCGUAAAUUCAGAGCGUUUCGCUCUCGCUGCGUUCAGAGCGGACACUGGGGACGAGGCUUUGCUGAGGGUUAAUUGUGACGCUCGUCACUACUUUUGAAUGCUAUUUUAUGUUUAUUUAGAAAAAAUAUACAUGUAGUGAUGUCUUGUGUUUGUAUUGUAUUGUAAUUUGUAAUGUUAUAUUUAAAAAAUGUAAAAAUUAAAAUUUUAAUAACGAUUACAAUUUUUUUUCAAAAAAAAUAUAUAAAACGAUAUUAUCCCCUCCACUCUGUCCAUAUCACCUCAAGAUGGUGCUAUAAAUCCUGUAUUGGUAGUCAUCCUUUAUCAAAGCGGAAUAUGUAUCUGCAGGUUCAAACCACAUCCUUCAAUCAACCAAAUAUUAGAAGGGAUAUCACCUUCUAACUUGGUUUUCGGAUUCAGUUACAACUCUAAUCUUUGCUCUGUAUCAAACUGGUUUAUAUUAUAUGUAGCUUUGUAAAGAUCAAAUUCACAAAAGUCUUAAUUUAGUAAUUAUAUCAUCGAUACUGCAGGGCAGUUUUUACAAUGCACUACUACUACUACUACACAACACCAACAACAGGUAUGUAGGACGACACAGGUCUCUUAUCCCAGUGUGUGACAGUUGACCAAAUCUAGCAGUAGACAUAGCUUUGAAUAAUAAGGCUUUAUAACCACUUAUAAGGCACCAUAAGGAUGCUUAAUAACUGUUCAUAAGGCCUUAUAAUGCUUUAUGAUGUGUCUAUGAACCCCUGCUCAGUCCUGUUUGACAAUGCUUUUUGUAUCUUCAUCUGUAGUCUAGAGCUACUGUAGAGCUGCUGCUGGGAUCUCGCUGUAAACAAUAUUAGCUGCCUUGAAUGAAUUAACUGUUCUCAUCUCUGAUGGCUGAUAAGGUUUGAUGUAUUUAGUAUUCUGACUUGAUUGUGAGUUAAUUGUUGUGAUUAUUUUGCUAUAGGCAUAAAUAGUCUAUGAAUAAAUUGCCAAAGUGCAUGCUGCCAACAGUAGGUAUAUUAUUUUGUGGACAUCUUAAAGCUUCUACAUUUGUACAAUUGUAUAUGCCUGAGAUGGUUCUUUCUGAGGAUAAUAACAUUGAGCUUCCCAAACAAACAUGACAGAAGUAUUUUAUGUUGACAGAAUUUCCCUUUCAUCCAUUUUCUCAAACCAUUUGAGACAUUCACUUGAGUCUUAUUUGAAAAGCAGUGAUAAGCUCUCUCUCUGUAUAGAGGUAUUUUGUAUAGACUCUUGUCUGUUUACAUUAUAAGUCUUACUCUGAGUCGCUGGGCCCCAAUGCAGUCAAAAACUUGAUUUCCCAGUGUUUUAUAUAUAUAAAAAGUGCUGCUUUGGACCGUUAAGGACCUAGUAGGGGAAUAGUGUAUAAAACAGUCUUCCAAAAUAUUUCAGAGUGCGGAGUUAGUGAAACCAUAAGUAAAGGACUUGAAAUACCACAGAUGCUUUACCUGCACAUUGUUAUAAACCAUCCUGAGGGGUUUCAUUUUUAUCUACAUAAAUGCAGGUGUUUCUGCCCUUCACCCUCUGCACCUGAGUCAUUGUAGCCUUGUGAUGUAGUCAGCUGUACUGAUCUAGCUAUCACCUCUUCCUGUGUCCCAACCUUGUUGUCCUAAGGAAGUUUGCCCCCCCCGCCCCUCUUUACCUAGAAGUUACUGUAUGUUGUUCUCCCCCCACCCUCCAACUCACAGUCUUAACAGUUGGCGUAGAAUCUUGAAAAUGUAAAUAAUUGUUCACAAUAAAAAAUAUUUAAAAACAGAAA